CAACCGAAAAAAAGCUAUUAAGAAUACCGUUGCGUUUGAAAAUAUAUAAAAUGGUGCGUAAAGUUCUUAAAGGUGGUGUUUCCACAGGAAAUACUCUACGAUCAAAUCCAUCCAGACAUUAUGCAUCUCAAUCAGGAAUAACGUUUUCGACAUCAGGGACCACCAGUGCUCAUAAAAAACAAGAGUUUGAAGAAGCAAAUUUCCUGGGCUUCGAUGGAAUCUUCUAUUCUCUAAAUAAGAAAGGAAGGUGGUUACUUCCAGAAUUAAUCAAAGAAGAAAUAGAGACCAGUUUAACGAAGCUAAAGUACAGUGUUGCCUUAAUCGAAUCACAUAAACUUAACAAAGAAAACAAUUGCCUUGGAUAUUAUACUAAUAAAGGUAGGACAAAGAAAGUAAUCCCAAAGAAAGGUAAAUAUAUAAAUAGACCGAACGAAAAGAACUUAAAUGGUGCUCAAAAUAAAACCGAGAAUGUUCCUUUGCUUGUGUACGACGUUGUUUAUCCAUGCCCAGCACAAAGUUCUAUUGUCUCAAAUCCAAAAUUCAUAAAAAACGAAUCUGACCAUAGUUUAAUAAAACACAAAAUUAAACACAGAAGAAACCAACGAAGGUUUCUGGAGGACAUUACCUCAGUGGAAGAUGAAUUAGAGUUCAUCCAGGACGUGUCUGAUGCUGAUGAUGCAGUUUCUUAUGAAGACGAAAUAUACAUGAACACCGGAACGAGGUCCGAAAUCUGUGAUUUCCUUACACACUCUCUUAUCGAAACGUUAACAUUGAUAAAUCCAAGCAACGAAAAUUACGAAGUGGGCUUAAAUGCCAAAAGAAAACUAAUGAUGAGGGACGAUUAA